CUGAGCCCUGGGGACGCCGCCUCCUGAGAUUAAAGCGAGAUCUGGGGAAGGCCCGGGACUUGAGCGCCAGGCCGAGGAAGGCGCGAGCUCCCGGGGAGGCGGAGGUGAAGACGCGCGCGGAGGAAGGCCGAGGGGCGGGGAGCGCGGCCGAGCGCGGCAGGUCGUCUUGAACGAUCCAGAUGCCUACCCUUACCCAAUGCUGUUGAUAAAAUCAGGAUGGCUUUAAACUCAGGGCCGUCCCCGGGCAUCGGGCCUUACUAUGAAAACCACGGAUACCAACCAGAAGCCCUCUACCCAUCGCAGCCGGCUGUGGCUCCCAAUGUCUACGCUGCGUAUCCAGCUCAGUACUACCCGUCCCCGGUGCCCCAGUACACCUCCAGGGUCCCCACGCACGCUUCGACACCUGGCAUCUACCGGCAGCCCAAGCCCCCUCCGGGGACAGUGUGUACCACAAGGGCCAAGAAAGUACUGUGUGUCACUCUUGUCCUCGGGACCUUCCUUGUGGUCACUGUUAUAGCUGCUGUCCUGGUCUGGAAGUUCUUGGAGAACAAGUGCUCCGUGUCCGAGAUGGAGUGUGGCUCCUCAGGGACCUGCGUCAGCCCCUCCUUCUGGUGUGAUGGCAUCGCGCACUGCCCCAACGGCGAGGACGAGAACCAAUGUGUUCGCCUCUACGGACCCAACUUCAUCCUCCAGGUCUACUCGCCAGAGCGGAAGGCCUGGCACCCCGUGUGCCAGGAUGAUUGGAAUGAGAACUUCGCCAGGGCGGCCUGCAAGGACAUGGGCUACAAGAACAGCUUUUAUUCCACGCGGGGGAUCGUGGACGACAGCGGUGCCGCGAGCUUCAUGAAGCUGAACACGAGUGCUGGCACCGUCGAUCUCUAUAAAAAGCUCUACCACAGUGAUAGCUGCUCCUCAAACACAGUGGUUUCUUUACGCUGCGUGGAGUGUGGUAGCCCCUUUCUGCGGCGGCAGAGCAGGAUCGUGGGUGGAACCAACGCCAACCUGGGCGACUGGCCCUGGCAGGUCAGCCUGCAUGUCCAAGGCAUCCACGUCUGCGGAGGCUCCAUCAUCACCCCUGAGUGGAUUGUGACCGCUGCCCACUGUGUGGAGGAGCCUCUCAACAGCCCGCAGUACUGGAAGGCUUUCGCAGGCCUUCUGAGACAGUCCUCCAUGCUCUAUGGAAGUGGACACCGGGUCGAGAAAGUGAUCUCUCACCCCAAUUAUGACUCCAAGACCAAGAACAACGAUGUUGCGCUUAUGAAGUUGCAGACACCGCUGACGUUCAAUGACAGAGUGAAGCCCGUGUGCCUGCCCAAUCCUGGCAUGAUGCUGGAGGCACAACAGCCGUGCUGGAUUUCUGGGUGGGGGGCCACCUAUGAAAAAGGGAAGACCUCGGAUGUGCUGAACGCUGCGAUGGUGCACCUCAUUGAGCACUCACUCUGCAACAGCAAAUAUGUCUACAAUAACCUCAUCACUCAGGCCAUGAUCUGUGCCGGGUACCUGCAGGGCAACAUCGACUCCUGCCAGGGGGACAGUGGAGGGCCGCUGGUCACUUUGAAGAAUGAAGUCUGGUGGUUGAUUGGGGACACGAGCUGGGGAUCUGGGUGUGCCAAGGCUAACAGGCCCGGAGUGUACGGAAACAUGACGGUGUUCACAGACUGGAUCUACCGACAGAUGAGGGCGAACAGCUAACCUGUGUGGCCGUGUCCACGACUCCCUUGUCCUCACCGUCGUACCCAAGGACCCCUGGGGCUGAUUUAAUUCCCUGGCGUGUGUGCCUUUCCAGAUGAUCCCAGGUCCUUUCACUUUGAUUAAACAGUGACUUGUCGUCUGCUGCUGUCGGCAUCCAGUGCAGGCUGCAGGCCCGCCCUGUCCACUCCCCCAACUCUCUGUCCAGAGGGGUGGCAGGCCCUCCAGGGACAUGCAUGCAGGCGCUGCCCUACUGGGUCUUCCUCCUGAGCCUUGCUGCCCCCCUUUGGAUGAGUGUGGAGGGGUGACCUCUGAGUGGUUGGAUGACCUGAGAGGGAAGAGGGGGAGGGCAGGGGUCUUGGUGGCCAGGGAGGGCCACCUGAGGGCAGGCACAUGGGCACCUUGCCACCUGGUCUCUAGGUGGCUGGUCAUAUUUUAGUGCCUUCUCAGCACCCAGGGUGGAUGCUGGCUGGAAACAAAGGGACCAGCCCUCCUAGGGCACAGCUAUGCUGGCCACUUAUUGGGACAGCAGAAACCUUUGAGGCUGAGAGUGUAGGCAGAGCCCUCAGAGCCGGGCCUGAACACGGGCCCACUCCAACCACUGCAGCCUGGCCCUGGCCUCUCCCUGUGCCUCCUCCCUUCCCCCUCAGAGCCUGUGCUGGCCCCUUGGCUGCCAGUGGGCUGAGCCCAGCCCUCGGGAACCCUCUCAGGACCGGCUCAUCCCAUGGAGGCCGAGGUCCUCUGGGGACUCAGGGAUGUGCAGAUCCGGAAGCCCUGGUUCCGGGUCUGGUUUCUCCUAGACUACCUCGGUGCUCUGGGACCUGGCUUCUGACGCCUGCCCACACUGGGCUCCCUGAAGCUCUACUUGUGCCCCGUAGGCACAGCGGGCCUUUGAGUCUCUCUCACUUGACAGCUGGCUCCUAACUCAAGGUCCUGCAGAGGAGUGUGAAAGAAAAGCCCCCAAGCUUGUGACAGAGGGGACAGGUGUGUGCGGCACUCCCUGUGGCCCCUUGUGGCCCUGGGUUUCCACUGGAGGGAGGGCCCGCUCUGACAUUGCAGAGUGUGACCACCUUGAUCGUGGCCAGCUCUCGUGGCUCCAGUGGCUGAUGUGCUGCUCCCACUGGGCUUGCAGGGGAGGGUGGGUGCUCCCCCACACCCCUGUGGAGUAGCACCGGGGACCUUCCUCCCAGGCCGGAUGCUCAAGCUCCUGGAAGUGGCCAAACGCUCCCAAACACUCCCUUCUCGGUGCGUCUCCUCUCGGUGUGGACCACAGCUCGUCUCCUGCUCUCUGUCUGUUCUAAGCUGUAAAAUUCAGUGACAGGAUACUAUGCAAAUAAAGUGCGUGCUUUUUUCCAGUA